GCCGGGCGGAGGCGGGGCGGGGAGGGCCGGGGCGCGGUGACGUGGGGGCCCCGCGGAGUCCGCCUCUGGCCUUAAGAUGCCAGGCCAACAGGGAAGCGUCGAGCCGCAGAGCUGGUCGCUCGCGGGCCGGGGAGCGGGGAACUGAGCCGCGCGGGGCGCCGGGGGGGGGGGUGCGUGUGUGUGUGCGCGCGGGGGGCGCUCCUCCCGGCCCGUUUCGGCCCCGCUGCGGGGAUCUGAUAUCAGCUACCUGUCCCUGUCACUCUGACACUCCGCUGCCCGGGCGACCGCAGGGGGCGGGCUAGCCGUGUCCAUUGCCCGGGAGGGAGGGCAGAGCGGGGUGUGCGCCCACUCGGCCAAACCUGCUCCCCCAAGGCGCCCGCACCCCCCAUGCCACCGUGUGCCCGCUGACCCGGCCGUCCCGGGAGGAGGACGGCGAGGACUCUGGGGCGCGGGCAUCGGCGGGGUCCUGUUCCCGGGGUCGGGCCUGGGCGCCACGGCGGGGAGACUUUGCGCCUAGGGCGCACGGCGGCCCGGGCUCGGGGUGUCCCAUGAGCUGCUUGAGGGGUUCACUGCAGCCGGAGCCCCGAGCCGCAGGGAACAAGCUGGUGGCAGCCGCCUCGGCAGCCCCCUGCCACCACCCGCCGCCGCUGGCCAUGGCUUCAGUGCUGGCCGCGGGUCAGCCCCGUACCCUGGACUCCGCCAAGCACCGGCUGGAGGUGCACACCAUCUCGGACACCUCCAGCCCCGAGGCCGCAGAGAAGGACAAGGGUCAGCAGGGGAAGAAUGAGGACGUGAGCGCCGAGGACCCGUCCAAGAAGAAGCGACAGCGGCGGCAGCGGACCCACUUCACCAGCCAGCAGCUGCAGGAGCUGGAGGCCACGUUCCAAAGGAACCGAUACCCCGACAUGUCCACGCGCGAGGAGAUCGCCGUGUGGACCAACCUCACGGAGGCCCGAGUGCGGGUGUGGUUCAAGAACCGCCGGGCCAAGUGGAGGAAGCGUGAACGAAACCAGCAGGCCGAGCUGUGCAAGAAUGGCUUUGGGCCUCAGUUCAACGGGCUCAUGCAGCCUUACGACGACAUGUACCCAGGUUACUCCUACAACAACUGGGCCGCCAAAGGUCUCACGUCGGCCUCCCUGUCCACCAAGAGCUUCCCCUUCUUCAACUCCAUGAACGUCAACCCCCUGUCCUCACAGAGCAUGUUCUCGCCGCCCAACUCCAUCUCGUCCAUGAGCAUGUCCUCAAGCAUGGUGCCCUCGGCGGUAGCCGGCGUGCCGGGCUCCAGCCUCAACAGCCUCAAUAACUUGAACAACCUGAGCAGCCCAUCGCUCAACUCCGCAGUGCCCACGCCCGCCUGCCCCUAUGCGCCACCAACACCCCCGUACGUUUACCGGGACACUUGUAACUCCAGCCUGGCCAGCCUGAGACUCAAGGCCAAGCAGCACUCCAGCUUCGGCUAUGCCAGUGUGCAGAACCCAGCCACCAACCUGAGCGCCUGCCAGUACGCCGUGGACAGGCCUGUGUGAGCCAGCACCCUGCCCCAGAGAGACUGGGAGGCACACUAGACAGUCGUGGGCACUGGAGGAGUGAGCGAGAAGAGCAAGUGAAGCCAGAGAGAGAGAGAGAGAGAGAGAGAGGCCACCACUGAAUCGCCCGAGAGCUCCUUUGAUGUCAAAGGAAUGUCCCCUUCGCUCUGACAUCUUCCCCCUUCCCACAACUAUCUCCCAGCAGAGCCCAUCCCCCCACCCCACCCCCAGAUCUACACACACAAGCCCACUGUCCGAGCGGACAGGACAUUUCCACAUUACUCUAAGCUUGUUAUUUUUUAAGUUGAGCAUCAUUAACGUUCAAGACGACGGAAAGGAUGUAUAUAUAUCGAAAUGUCAAAUUAAUUUUAUAAAAAGCAGUUGUUAGUAAUAUCACAACAGUGUUUUUAAAGGUUAGGCUUUAAAACAAAGCAUGUUCUACAGAAACGGUUAGGGAUUUUUUCGCUUGCGAGCAAAGGAAUGUAUAUACUAAAUGCCACACUGUAUGUUUCUAACAUAUUAUUAUAAAAAUGUGUGAAUAUCAGUUUUAGAAUAGUUUCUCUGGUGGAUGCGAUGAUGUUUCUGAAACUGCUAUGUACAACCUACCCUGUGUAUAACAUUUCGUACAAUAUUAUUGUUUUACUUUUCAGCAAAUAUGAAAAAAUGUGUUUUAUUUCAUGGGAGUAAAAUAUACUGCAUACAGAUCA